GGACUCUUCGGAUCUGCUCAGGUUUCCCUAGUUUAAUUCUAUUUAACACUGGGUUUAGUCCUGGUUUAGUCCUGGUUUAGUCCUGGUUUAGUCCUGGUUUAGACCUGGUUUAGUCCUGGUUUAGUCCUGGUUUAGUCCUGGUUUAAUCCUGGUUUAGUCCUGUUUAGUCCUGUUUAGUCCUGGUUUAGUCCUGGUUUAGACCUGGUUUAUACCUGGUUUAAUCCUGGUUUAGUCCUGUUUAGUCCUGGUUUAGACCUGGUUUAGACCUGGUUUAGUCCUGGCUUUAUUUAGUUUAUACCUCAGUUUGUUCGUUUAUUUCCUGUUUAUUGUUUAUUCUUUAUGACAGAAUGUGUAAUUUUCCAUCUGUACAAUGUAAUAUCAGCGUAAAACUGCCAAAUCUGAGCUAAAACAUCAUCAGUUCCACGUUUUGACACAACACGAACUUAAAAUCAGACGAUGGUUUCGGGGAAAUCACGUGAUACGUAAAAGGAGAAACUACAGCAGAGGAUCUGUCCAGACACGUGUUGUCCAAGUGGAUUCAGCCUCUACAUCUGUGUUUGAUCAAGUCUUGUUUUGAGGAAUUAUUUCUCGUUGAAGGAAAAAGAAAUAAUAAUAAAAAAUGAAAGGGCGUCGUCAGGCGCAUGCGCACUCAAACAUGCGCCCUCUGCAGUGAAAAUGAGGCGUCAAACCUGUGACAGUUUUAGUGACUGCGCCCUGAACUUAAACAAAGUCAAAUGACUCCAUAGUUAUAGAUCUUUUUAAUAAUAAACAUAAUUGUGGUUUUCAGUGGUUUUAAAUGACUUUUAUUUCAUCUUCUGGCAGUGAUUUGAACUUUUGGAUUGUGGAUUCAACUAAAAUGAGACUUUCUCUUGUUUUGCUCGUGUGAUUUGGUUCAUUCUGUGGCUUUUUCAUUUCUAAUUAUUUUAUAUUUCUUUACAUUUUUAAGUGUUCUUCUUCUCUCUUUCUCUUCUCUUUCUGCUAAAUCUAGUUGUGAGUUUUUCCUGAGACAUAGAAAAUAUCGUCUGUAUUUACUUGUUUCCACAUGUUUGAUUUUAGAGUGGACUUUUUGCAGUGGCUUCAUGCGUCGGCUCCUCCUGAGGGUCUGAGAUCACAUGAACCUGGACUGAGCAUGGAUCAGAGAGAGACCAGAGAGGAAGAAGCCCCUCCCUCUAUAAAAGCUCACAGACCUGCUCCUGGGGCCAGAGGCGUCUCACUCAAGAGUGAUCACUCUAUGGGACGAUAUAUGGAGUUUAAAAGAGAACAUGGUCCAGAGAUCCACCAGAAACAUCCUCCAUCUGAACCUGGUCCCAUCUGUGAGUCCCUCAGGAGUGACCGGUCUAUGACACCUCCACUUAAUUUUUCCACAGAACUAGUGGAGCAGCAGGGUCCAGAGGUCUCCAGUGGUCAGCACCAUCAGACACAGCUGGACUCCAUAUUUAAGCUUCUGGAGGAGGACAUCUUCACUUUUGUCCAGAAGGAGCUGAAGAAGCUCCACAAGGUUCUGAGUACAGAUUACCCAGAAUGCUUAGAGCCUGUGAAGGAUGAAGAGCAGAGGAGCAGCAGUGAGGCUGUUCUGAAGAUCACACUGAACUUCCUGAGGAGGAUGAAGCAGAAGGAGCUGGCUGAGCGUCUGUGGAGCAGGAGUUAUUCUGGAGUUUGUCAGCGGAAACUGAAGUCUAACCUGGAGCAGAAGUUUGAGUGUGUGUUUGAGGGCAUCGCUAAAGCAGGAAACCCCACCCUUCUGAAUCAGAUCUACACAGAGCUCUACAUCACAGAGGGAGGGUCUUCAGAGGUCAACCAGGAACAUGAGGUCAGACACAUGGAAACAGCCUCCAGGAAACCAGACUCAGCAGAGACACCCAUCACAUGUGAAGACAUGUUUAAAGGCCCAGCUCACACACAUGGACCAAUCAGAACAGUGCUGACAAAGGGAGUGGCUGGCAUCGGGAAAACAGUGCUCACUCAGAAGUUCAGUCUGGACUGGGCUGAAGGCAAAGCCAACCAGGACAUACAGCUGCUGUUCCCGUUCACUUUCAGAGCACUCAAUGUGCUGAAGGAGAGAAGCUUCAGCUUGGUGACACUUGUUCAUCACUUCUUUAGUCAAACACAAACAGAACUCUGCAGCUUUGAACACCUCCAGGUGCUCUUCAUCUUUGACGGUCUGGACGAGUGCAGACUUCCUCUGGACUUCACUAAAACCAAGGCCCUGACCGACCCCACAGAGUCCACCUCACUGCACGUGCUGCUGGUAAACCUCAUCAGGGGGAGCCUGCUUCCCUCCGCUCGCCUCUGGAUAACCACACGACCUGCAGCGGCCAAUCAGAUCCCUGCUGAGUGCAUCUCCAUGGUGACAGAGGUCAGAGGCUUCACCGACCCACAGAAGGAGCAGUACUUCAGGAAGAGGUUGAAGGAUAAUGCAGACACAAUCAUCUCCCACAUCAAGACGUCCAGAAGCCUCCACAUCAUGUGCUACAUGCCAAUGUUCUGCUGGAUCGCUGCCACAGUCCUGGAGCAUGUGUUGAAAAGCAGAGAGAGAGGAGAGCUGCCCAAGACCCUGACUCAGAUGUACAUCCACUUCCUGGUGGUUCAGGCCAAAGUCAAGAACAUCAAGUAUAAAGAAGGAUCUGAGACAGACCCACACUGGAGUUCAGAGACCAGGAAGAUGGUGGAGUCUCUGGGAAAACUGGCCUUUGAGCAGCUCCAGAAAGGAAACCUCAUCUUCUACGAGUGUGACCUGAGUGAGUGUGGACUGGACGCUGCAGCAGCCUCAGUGUACUCUGGAGUGUUCACACAGGUCUUUAGAGAGGAGCCAGGCCUGUACCAGGACAAGGUCUACUGCUUCAUCCAUCUGAGUGUGCAGGAGUUUCUGGCUGCUCUUCACGUCUAUCAGACCUUCAUCAACACUGGGAUCAAUUUACUAGUAGAGAAAAAGUCUGUCAUCUCCUUUUUAAAGAACGUCAUUAACAGUGAUCCUCUCAAGUUCUAUCAGACAGCUGUGGACCAGGCCUUACAGAGUCCAAAUGGACACUUGGAUCUGUUCCUCCGCUUCCUCCUGGGUCUUUCACUCUCAACUAAUCAGAGCCUUCUACAAGGUCUACUGAAACAGACAGCAAACAGAUCCCAGACCAAUCAGAAAACAGCUGAGUACAUCAAGAAGAAGCUGAGUGAGGAUGUGUCUGCAGAGAGGAGCAUCAACCUGCUCCACUGUCUGAAUGAACUUAAUGAUCGUUCUCUGGUGGAGCACAUCCAACAGUACCUGAGGUCAGGACGUCUGUCUGAAGAUGAACUGUCUCCUGCUGACUGGUCAGCUCUGGCCUUCAUCUUACUGUCAUCAGAAGAAGAUCUGGAGCAGUUUGAGCUGAAGAAAUACUUUGCUUCAGAGGAGGCUCUCCUGAGGCUGCUGCCAGUGGUCAAGGCCUCCAACAAAGCUCUACUGAGCGGCUGUAACCUGUCAGAGAGAAGCUGUGAAGCUCUGGCCUCAGUCCUCAGCUCCUCCAGUCUCACACACCUGGAUCUCAGUAACAACGACCUCCAGGACUCAGGAGUGGAGCUGCUGUGUUCUGGACUGAAGAGCGCCCCCUGCAGACUGGAGACGCUCAGGCUGUCUGGAUGUCUGGUCUCACAGAGGGGCGGGGCUGCUCUGGCCUCAGCUCUGAGCUCCGCCCCCUCCCACCUGAGAGAGUUAGACCUGAGCUACAACCAUCCAGGACCCUCAGCCGAGCUCCUGACCGCUCUACAGGACCAGCGCCCCCUGCUGUCUGUCAGACUGGACCAUGCUGGAGCUCAGUGGUUAACACCAGGACUCAGAAAGUAUUUCUGUGAUCUCACUCUGGAUCCAAACACAGCUCAGAUAAACCUCAAACUGUCUGACAACAACAAGAAGGUGACAUGUGUGAGAGAGGAGCAGCCGUAUCCAGAUCAUCAGGACAGAUUUGAGAACUACCAACAGAUUCUGUGUUCCACUGGUCUGACUGGUCGCUGUUACUGGGAGGUCCAGUGGAGAGGAAGGGUUUAUAUAUCAGUGUCUUACAGAGGAAUCAGAAGGAAAGGAGACAGUAAGGACAGUUGGUUUGGAUACAAUGAUCAGUCCUGGAGUCUGGACUGUUCUGCAGGUGGUUUCUCUGUUCAUCAUAAUCACAAUGAAACCCACCUCCUUAAAUCCCGUUUUUCUCUGGGACCUCGCUGUGGCUUUAAGGAAAGAGGAGCGGGGCCGAGGGAGUUCGGGCCGAGGGAGGUGGGUACAGUUGCAGUGUUUGUGGACUGUCCUGCUGGCUCUCUGUCCUUCUACAAAGUCUCCUCUUACCAACUGACCCACCUCCACACCUUCAACACCACAUUCACUGACACUCUGCUCCCUGGGUUUGGGCUCUGUUCCUCUGACUCCUCAGUGUCUCUGUGUCCGACAGACUCACCCUCCUCUGUGUAAAAUACAACAGUCAAAUCUGGAGAAAAAUCACUUUGUAAAUGUUGAUUUUAUUUUGACUUCAUUUGACCAGAGAUUUAUUUUAUAAUGUUUUAUUUUCUCUCAAGGACAAAAAGAAAAGUUUAAAAAUGUACUAAAAGAGUAAAAAGUACCGUAAAUUUCGGACUAUAAGCCGCUACUUUUGCUUUGAACCCUGCGGCUUAUACAGCAGUGCGGCUUAUUUAUGGAAUUUUACUGGAUAACGGCCCCUGGGGGGCGCUCUCUAGCUGUAAACGUAAAAGUGAGACAGACGUGGGGAAAGAUUCUGCUCUGAAGAAUUCACUAGUUUUGAUUUUGAAUGAUCAUGUUGCGCAUCAUGAAAUGGAUAUGAUGCAGUUUUUAAGAUAAAGAAGGAAAUAGAGCAGGGGUCGGCCUUUAACACGCAAAGAGCCAUUUGGACCCACUUUCCACGUAAAAUAAAACACUGGGAGCCGCAAAUACUUUUUGACAUCUAAAAUGAAGAUAACACUGUAUAAUAAUAAUAAUGUAACGGAAUAAUGUAGGUUUUAUUUUCACAGACAAACCUUCUACACGUGGCAGAUAAAUAUGGCAAAAACAACUUAAGUGCAUUAAAAAAAUACAACUCACCAAACCGCUGCAUCAGUGUGCGCUGAUUAUGUGAUUAUGUCUAGUCUGCUCCGCAGUUUCUUUAAAAAAAAAAAACAAUACUCUAAAGGCGUAUCUUUUAAUCCCAGAUGCUUAUUCUCCAUGUGCCAAAGCAGUUUUGAAGGUUUCAUUGCCUCAUUUGCUUUUUCCGUAUGUUACACAGAGCAGACUCUGCACGUGAGAGUCACCUGUAGAGACAAACCCAGAUUUUGUCUGUUAAAUUUAUCUUUCUUUUUCUUGGAGGUCGUAGUCUCCUCUUCUGGCUCCUCAGUUGUCCUUUUCUCCUUUGUUAAAAAUCUCUCCACAGACUUUUGUUUUGUCUCAUUUUCACUCUCUUGUGGCUCUACUUUUGGGCGACAUGUCUGUGUGUUAUACGUGAUACGUCAUCGAGGAGACAAGAGCAGAUAAUAUAUUUUCUACUACAUCAAAUAGAUUUCUGUGGCAAUUUCCAGCAGGAUUUUCAUGAUACAUCUACGGACGAGCUUAUUAGUGUGUCAUUAGGGACGGGCCAAAGUUGCUCCUGACCCCUGUGCGCACAACGUCUGAAAAUCAGGGCUCUUUACACAGGACUGUGAGCUGUGUAUGUGUGUGUGUGUGUGUGUGUGUCAGUUCCCAAGCCACGCAGAGCCGCAGUAUAAGGCUGAAAGAGGCAUAUAUGGCUCCGGAGCCGCGGGUUGCCGACCCCUGAAAUAGAGCCACUGCACGUGAGCUCGACAUCAAUGAAUCCAACUUAGUCAAUGUAAAAAGACGACAAAGUUUUCAGAGGAAAUAAAAGCAGAUUUUCCGUGUUGGUGCAGCUUUAUUUUCUAAACCUGCAGAUGUGUUCAUCCCGUGUUGUUGUCGUGUUGGUGCCAAUUUUCAGGCACAGUUUAAAAAAAGUGUGUCGGUGCACCGUCUUUCUGUGUAAAUAUCUCAUGUUACAAUAUGAAAACCUGCGGCUUAUAUUCAGGUGCGGCUUAUAUAUGGACAAAAUUGAUUUUCUUUUCAAAUUUAGCUGGUGCGGCUUAUAUCAAGGUGCGCUCUGUAGUCCGAAAUUUAUGGUAAAAGUAUUUGUUUCAGAUUUUCAGAUCUAUUAAAGCUUCAAAUGUGGUGAUUUUGAUAAAGAUUUGAGCUGAAUUUUGUUUUUAUUUGUAUAUUUUUGUUUGUUCAAAUUCUGAACGUGUUAAAAAUAAACACUCAGCCUUUUCAGCAGGUCUCACACAAUCAGAAAAAAUACUUUUACUUUUCAGUCCUAUUCAAAAAUGUAGUGAAGUAGAAAGUACAGAUACUGCUCUCAAAUGUACUGAAGUAAAAGUAAAAAGUACACACUUUUACAUUUUUACUUUUACUUACAGUGGGGCAAAAAGUAUUUAUUCAGCCCCAAUUGUUCAAGGUCAAAAUGACACAAGAACAGUGAGCAAAAAUCCCACAAUCCCACAAGUUUAUCUGUGCAAACGACUGAAAGGUUUUUAUUCUGCCUCUUCUGUUUUAAUGUUCAUUUUAUGUUGAUUAUUUUAUGUUGACUCCUCCCUGGGGAGGUGUUCUGGGCGUGUCCCACCGGGAGGAGGACACACUGGAGGAACUGUGUCUCUCUGUCCUGGGAACACCUUGGGGUCCCACCGGAGGAGCUGGAGGAGGUGUCUGGGGUGAGGGAAGUCUGGGAGUCCCUGCUUAGACUGCUGCCCCCGUGACCCGGCUUGUUCUUCCUCAUCACAAACAUCUAAUGCUCUUGUUUUUAGCCUGAUUUACUCUGCCUCACACUGUGACACUUCCACAUGACCCUUAAAUGUUCUUCUCUUUAUUUAAAUUCAAAUACACUGUCAGUCAAAUAUCUCUAAGUGUUUUAUCGACUUACACCUGUUGAUUUUAUUAUUAUUUUUUAUAGUCUAAAUUUAUAUCUCAUUAACAUAUUUCAUAUUUUUUCAUCACAAUUUAAAUAUUUGUGUUUGAUUUACUCUGUGUGAGUCUCAAGCUGUAAAUAUAUUGUAUUAUUACUAUAGAAUAAUGAGUAAAACACAUUAUAAACUGUAUCUAAGCCUGUUUUUGGUGUGUACAGUAGUUUUUAUGUCUAUUGGAUAAACCUUUGCUAAUGUGCUAAUAGUAAAUAAAUGGCCUUAGAAAUCCUUCACCUUCAUCUUUGUUCUGAAUCCUAUUUAAAUUCAACAUUAAUAUGUGUAAAUUAUAAUUAUCCAGGCUGUGACAAACUUAAGCCUGAUUCAAAAUAGCUCAAAUGUCAUUAGUGGUGAGAGGAGGUUAAAUAAUGACACAAUUGGCUGAUUAAAUAAAACAGUUUUUGCAGAGCCAAUGUAAUCCUCAUGUAAGUGCUGCCCCC